GAUUCUGUGUAACACAUGGCGUCACUGAUCAUCCGCAGCAUGGAGUGGUGGUCCUUCGAGGUCCUGGUGCUGCUCUCCGGCCUUCUCCCCAACCCCAAGCUCGAGACGGCCGUGCUGUCCAUCUGCCUGAACACUAACGGCUUCGCGUUCAUGGUGCCGCUCGGACUUGGUGGUGCCAUAAGCACGCGCGUGUCGAACGAGCUCGGCGCGGGCCGGCCGGAGGCGGCCCGGCUGGCAACCCGGGUGGUGGUGCUGCUGGCGCUGGCGGUGGGCGCGUCGGAAGGGCUCGCCAUGGUGCUGGUGCGCAACCUCUGGGGCUACGCCUACAGCAGCGAGGAGGAGGUGGUCCGGCACACCGCCCGGAUGAUGCCCAUCCUCGCCGUCUCCAUCGUCUUCGACGGCCUGCAGUGCGUGCUCUCAGGUGUUGUCAGGGGCUGCGGCCGCCAGAAGGCCGGCGCGUUCAUCAACCUUGCCGCAUACUACCUCGCCGGCAUCCCCUCGGCGUUCGUGUUCGCCUUUGUUUGGCAUCUAGGAGGAAUGGGACUCUGGUUCGGGAUCAUGUGCGGGCUUGUAGUGCAGAUGCUCCUGCUGCUCUCUAUCACAUUGUUCACCAAUUGGAACAAGGAGGCCUCGAAGGCGAAGGACAGAGUUUUCAGUUCUGCUCUUCCUGUGGACAUGGCAACAGGAUGAGGUGGUCUAGUGUAGAACAGACAAAAGAGGGGGAGGGGAUGGGGGCGGUUUUGAUGGGAAUAACGCUCAAGUGGCAUCGAGCCAAUUGGCCUUAUGUUAAUGCCCACGCUGUUCAAUAAAACAUUGAGGCACGCAA